ACGGUCGUCUCUUUCUCUCUCUCUCUCUCUCCCUCUGUUUCAGAUUUUGAAUUUGAACCCAAAACCCUCUUCCCAAAAAAAAUCAAAAUCUCAAAAAGAGCUUCCCCAAAACCAUCAAAAUCUGAAUCUUUUUCAGAUUCUGCACCCAAUCCUAACCCUAGUUUCCCCAGAAAUUCAAAUCGCACAAUCAAAAUCUCAAUCUUUUUCAACCCCAAUUCUUUAUCUCAGUUCGUGGUCUCUUUGAUUCUGUACACAAAUCAAGUCUCUUCUCUCACGCUUUUGGUACAGAUAACAUAAGAAAAGUAAUGGGGGAACCAAGGAGUAUUGCAAUAUAUGAAACUGUAUAUGGGCAUUAUGACCGUAUAUGUUGGGGAAAAAUUGAUCUUGGACACAUUACGGGCUUUCAAAGCCUCAUGAGAGAGAUUGAAUGCAGGGUGAGAGAGGUUUCCCGUAAAGUGACAAAAGAAUACAAGAAUCAUGUUGUUUCCGCCUUGGAUCCCUUGUUUGAAUUUAAUGUCAAUUACGUGAAUUUGGACGAUAAAAGCCUUAAUAUCAUGACAACUCCGUGGGCGUUCUUCAGAUCAAGAAUUGAUGAAAUAGGUAUCACUCGGAAAUAUGAUGUGCUUGUUGGUAUAGAGAUUCCUAUUGAAGGAAUUGAUCAAAUUAUGAAAUUGGACAUUGGAGCAAUUGAAGACUUCGUUUCCUUCUAUCGGGCUCUCCAAUUUUUAGGUUCUGCAUACACAAAUACAGAUCCUGAGGAUCAUUUCACUUCUGAAGAGCCUUGGGAAGGCUAUAGCAUAUAUCUGCUAUCCAAUCAUCAUAUCAUUGUUACACCUCACAUGGUUUGGAGGUCGUCUGGACAGUUAUGGGAAGGGGAAUUAGUAGAGUUUGAUACUGCAACAGUUGCCUCUUCCAUGGAUUCCAAUCACGAAGAAGAUGAAUUGAUGGCAUUGAAGGAAGAAAUUGAUGAUGCUUCUUCUGUUGUAGCAGGGAUCGAUGAUGCUUCUUCGACGGACGAUGAUGCUUCUGAGAUGGCAGGAAAUAUAGCAGGGGUUGAUAAUGGUUCUUCGACUGAUGAUGAUGAUUCUGAGAGUGCAGGAAAUGUUUUGGUGUCAGGGAUUGGUUUUUCUUCUUCCUCUGAAGAAGAUGAGGUAGAUGACUUCUUACAGUGGGAAACCAAACAUGUUACUAAAUGGGGAGAGGUGAAGGAGAUGCUUACCAGGAUUGUUGUCAAACCAAAGUUACUAUGUUGCUAGAUGGUACUUCUUAGUGGCUAGAUGUGCAAGCUAAUGUUUAUCAAGGUGGAUAUGGAGGAGAAUAUGGUGGAACUGGAACCACCACUGAUUUCCAGAGGAAGACACUUUCAACUCGAAAAGUUAGCGCAACAAGUGGAGCAGCAUCAGUUCCUGAUGAAGUUUUCCACGCAGCCAAAGGUGUCCAGUUGUGCAACACUCAGGCAUAUCAAUGCACACCUGACUUUCUCCCUCAACAAGUUUUCUUCUGAAGUUAUUGCGGAGAGAGCACCUGUACCUCCCUCUGCUAGAGUCUUAUGUGAGAGGUAUACCAUCUCGGUUGUGCCAGUUACACGUGUCACCAUGUCUCAUCGCAACCGAUCCUUCAGUUUCUAUAUUAUUGGCUUUAGCAGGGAGGUCUACUUGAAGGACUAUUAUCCUUCUAGGUUUUGUUGGGGGCUAUGUCCUUGCUUGUAAUGGUUGAAGCAGUAAUUAGGCAAAUUUUCAUCUUCAAGAGAGUUAUGUGAUCUUUGCUUCCUUUGCCAUGCAAUAAGUUGUUGGAUUCUACCUUUAUGAUUUUGGGGACCAUAAUUUUCUUUUGUCAGUAAAUAUUUGGUUUGCUUUGAUGCACUUGUGUGUUAACUGUUAAGCUAAAAUAUAUCAUGGGGUUUCUAUUA